ACCAUUUAGCAAAUAAAUGUCUAAAACUGGAGGGCAAGUUUUGUUAAGGUAUUUUAUUAUUAAUUUUCCAAUCCCCGAUGGAAGCACAAAAUAAAAGACAUCGACUCCAGAAACAAAAGUCGUAAAAAGGUGAGUUUAACGGCCAAGAGUUGAACUGCCACGACAGUCAUCGAUGACUGAGACCAGUGUGGACUUAAUGAGUCAGAAAACACAGUCAGUGGAGCCCUGCACCGAAAUGAACCACUUAGUUAUAGGUCAAGAGAACUCUAUCUGUACGGAGACAGUUCUGAGUGAGAAUAAAGAAUACUGAGAAAACCUGAGGAGACGAUGAUGAAUAUUGGACACCAGACAGUUAGUCACAUCAAGAUAAACAAGUCAGGUUUGGACAAAUAUGUUGUCUGUGUUUGAAAGGAAGAGGGAAACUGUUGUAGUUGACGUCGGCCCGUCAACACCUGAACGUGGACCAACGCAAAAAUGUCAACAUUUAUGCUAGCUAUGGUGGAUUCAAGAUAUGGUUUGUUUUCAUUGUGUGUCCAUUGGUUCAAUGUUAUCUUGGGUAUGAAUAAAGGAUCCAUGAUGACACCAGAGUCUGUGGACCCUCAGGGGUCCGUUGACCCCUGGUUGAGAACCACCGGUUUACAUAUACUUUUGUUGGAAUCACAGUGAAGAAUGCAGUAUUUUGACAAUAACUACAGAACCCCUGAAGGGUGCGCACCUGUAAGUUCCACGAGGAACCUGAAACUUACAGGUUACAGAAAUGAACCAGAAAGGUUUUUCCACGUUGUCCCUUUAGGGGCUCCGUAAAGAUCUGAUUGCUGAGCAGCAUUUGCUCCAGGCCUGAAGUGGUAAGAUUCUGGCACGGCUCCUUGCAGAGACAGCAGCAGACUAAGGAUUGGGCUGUAUUUUUGGAAGUGUGCGCGCGCGCGCGUCUUGUUAGAUCUGCUAACAUAUUUCCAGCAGCGGUGGAGAGCUGGGUGGCAGCACAGGGGGAGAGAGGGGCUUUUCUCUGUGGCCACCUGGACGAGCCAUGUAAGAUCCCUGGCUUAUAAAAAACACAUACAGAAAUAAUUCAACCUGAUCAGCAACAAGCGCCUCGUGGAGCGUCGGCAUCAAUGGUUGUAGCGGUUGUGGGAAUGAACCUGUGGGACAGAUGGUGAGCAGAGCUGAAGAAUCCCAGCACAGGAACCGGGAGUCAUUUGGAUGAAACUAAAGUUUUUCGUAAAGUGUGCGCUGCGUCCUGGCAGCUUCAUGGACAACACGCUGAGAAAUCCCACGAUCCAAUUCCACAAGAAGAAACAGCCACAGGUAGAAGAACACUGAGGAAGACCUCCGCUCGGUGUGGAUGUCAGGUGGAGGUGAAGUCGGACACACAGAGCUCGUGUUCAGGUAACAGCCUAAAAACAGAUUUGCUUUCUGACCGGUGCGUCAUUCGGCCGCGGUGAGGCAUGAGUGGAGGUCGCUUUGAGUUCGACGACGGUGGAGCUUUUUGCGGAGGCUGGGAGGGGGGCAAAGCCCACGGCCAUGGCAUCUGCACCGGACCCAAGGGCCAGGGGGAGUUCUCCGGCUCCUGGAACUACGGCUUCGAGGUGGUGGGAGUCUUCACUUGGCCCAGUGGAAACACCUACGAGGGCUACUGGUCUCAGGGCAAGCGUCACGGUCUGGGAGUAGAAACCAAAGGACACUGGAUUUACAGAGGGGAAUGGACUCACGGCUUCAAAGGGAGGUACGGGGUCCGCGUGAACGUCAGCAGCGGAGCAAAGUACGAAGGGACGUGGAACAACGGGAUUCAGGAUGGAUACGGAACAGAGACGUACGCUGACGGAGGCACGUUUCAGGGUCAGUUCACUGGUGGGAUGCGACAUGGCUACGGCGUCCGUCAGAGUGUUCCCUACGGCAUGGCCGCAGUCGUCCGCUCCCCUCUUCGUACCUCCCUGACCUCCCUACGCAGCGAGCACAGCAACGGCACCGUUUUACAGCAGGACAUCCCCAUCAUCACCACCACCAACGCCUCGGGUGAGGAGACGCCCGUCUCCACCCCGACCCAGCUGGGACCCUCUCGAGGAGGCUUCGCCCUCACCCUGCAGGUGGAUCCAGAUGCAGUCAAACCCAAGAAGAAGGGUCUGUUUCAGAGGAGUUCUCUGUUGGGAAAGCUGAAGAAGUCCGACUCCAGCACCUCGCUGUCCAGCCAGAAGAGCAAAAUCAGCUUCCUGAGGACGGAGUCAGCUCUGAGCUCCAACGCCAGUGACACCAACUCCACCAUCAGCAUAGACGAGAGCCUGGCCGGGGCCGAGGACUUCCCCCCGGUGGAGGCAGACAUCGAUGCCACCACCACAGAGGUCUACAUGGGCGAAUGGAAGAACGACAAGCGAUCGGGGUACGGAAUAAGUGAACGGUCAAGCGGUCUGAAGUACGAGGGCGAGUGGCUGAACAACCAGAGACACGGGUAUGGAUGCACCACCUUCGCAGAGGGAGGAAAGGAAGAGGGCAAAUACAUGAACAACAUGCUGGUGAAGGCCAUGAAGAAGAGAGUGAUUCAGCUGAAGCGAACCAAGAUCAAGCAGAAGGUGGAGCGAGCCGUGGAGGGAGCUCAGAGGGCGGCGGCCAUCGCCAAGCAGAAGGCAGAGAUCGCAGCCUCCAGGACGACUCACUCCAAGGCCAAGUCUGAUGCAGCUGACCAGGCAGCUCAGGCUUCCAACAGUGAAUCCAGUAUUGCCAGGCUGGUUGCCAAAGAGCUCUCCCCUUCCUUCUACCAGCCAGGUCCUGAGUAUCUGAAGAAGAGGGCGUUACUGGAGAUCGUGGACGGCAGUGAGAACCCUGACACAUCCCUGCAUGAGCCCCUGUUGGCUGAAGAGGAACCUCUGCCUACCCCACCUGAAAGCCCACUCAUGAAUGAACUGGACAGCCUCAUGCCAGGCUCAUCACCAGGUCGCACCCCCUCCCCCAGCCCAGGCAUCAUCUGCAAAGAGGACCCCAAACUUCUCAGUCCAGGGAGCUGUAACGAGGACAAACCCAUCAAAGGUGUCAGUAAAGCUAACAGCAAGCCCAACAGUCGGCCUACUACACCUUCAGCCUCUGCUACUGCUCCCACUCUAGCUGUACCUGAAGGAGGAGGGGCUCCCAGCAGUCGUGGGCCCACCCGCACCCCCAGCCGUCACAGCAACAAGAAUGAGCAGGGCUCUGAUCUGGAGAUCAAACCCCUACAGAAGUUUGAAUCCCAAUCCAAAGCUCCAGAUGUUUCUUCUGCUCCCACCGCCUCUGUACGGAAUAGCCUCAUCUCUACAGAUGAAGAAGAAGCAUCACUGCCCUCCUUCAAAUCACCCAAGGCUGCCACUGUGGAGCCCAAAAGCACAGAGCUGAAAACCGAAAGAGCUUCAUCACUUCAGGAGCGGGUGCCUUUGGAGAACAAAGUAACCAGGGAUGUGAGCAGGUCAUCCAGCAAAGCAGAAGCAAAGCCACUUCCAAAGCGACAGCCUAGUCCAGCUCCAUCCCCAAAACCUACACCCGUCAUUGAACCUAAAACUGUACCCAAGCAGGUAGAAGCCAAACCCAUUGUUGCCAAACCUGCUCUGAAGUUAGAACCCAAACCUGAAGCACGGCUCAAGGCCUUGGUGUCCACACAAGGCCAUGAGAUGACUUCAGAUUCUUUGGACCAAGAGGGUCCGAACACCAUCAUGAUAUGCAUGGUCAUCCUGCUCAACAUCGGCCUGGCCAUUCUCUUUGUACACAUUUUGUCAUGAGACCUUUACCCUCACCUCAGGUCAACUUUAUUGAAGAUGGAAGGUACGUAUGCCCCCUCCUCAGAAUGGACCUGGAAUUUGACAGAGACCACUGAGGAGCGAGGCCAGAAGGAAGGGAUGAAGGGAAGAGAAGGGAAGGGCAUCACGCAGACGACCACUUUUCUUCUGAAGGUUUUUGUUCAUGUUAUUGUAUGAGGACAAUUAACGUCUUUUCUGAGGUCAGAGGAACUUAAGGACAUUGGAAUUGACAGGGAUGAUUCAGUUCAUGCGAAGUGUAUGUUUGAAUGCCGUAGUGUGGACAGCGGUGUGGCAGGUGGAGCGUUGUCUUGGUGCUUAACAGGAUGAGCAGGCUAGCCAGGAGUUGUUUAUUUAAAUAAAGAAGCUUUCACUAAAUAACUUAGAAUGUCCGUCUACGGAGAGGCCGGCGCACGUCGGCUGCUGGCUCUCGGUAGACCAUUUAGUUUUGUCACAGCAUAUGUGUGGGUUUGUGUCGGAGGCUGAAGAAGAAAUGAACAAAUAUACAGACUAUAUUCUUUUCACUGUGCCUUCUACUGCAGCAGACAGGUGGAGGACUAGGGAGUAAUAAUAAUAUCUGUUGGUGUUGCUGUUUUCAUCAUCCAGCGUCUAGUAUGUGUGAGUGUCAACUGACAGGAACUGUUUUUAAAUAUUCUGUAACAUUGUCGUGUCACCUUUUCUCCCUUGACUGUCUUAAGAAAAAUACUCCAAAGCUUCAUCCUGAGAAUUCUGCGUUGUGUUGUCCACUGGGACAUGUUUUUUUUUUUGUUUCACCACAUCACCUUUUUGUUUGGGUGUGACAGCCAAUCAGUCAAAGAAAAGGAAAGGAAGAGGAAGAGACACUUUUGUUGUGUAUGUCGUGCACUACUGUUCAGCAUCCAGACGGUUUGAGAUGAGUGUUCUGUGAUAAAGUUAGCAUGCAGGACGUGAAAGCAAACGCUUUACGGGUUACUACGUGCGCCAAAACACUCCUGUAAUGUUCAUGUUUUUUAGGUAUGUGUCAGUGUAGAAAUAAACACCAUCAUAUUCAGGUUUUGAAUCACAGCCGAACAAUAGUUUGUUAACUUUUGUACGCAUGAUGGCACUUUGUGAGUAUGAAUCUGUGAUUUUGUACCGAGUGCAAAUCUUUUCAGCAUCUAAAAUAUUGUGUCGCAAGAGUUUAUUGUCGAGAGUCAAAUUUAUUUCCCACAGGAGUCAGAAAUUUAGAAAGUAUAUUUAACUCUGUGUCUUAUAUUGAGAAGAGCACCGUCCUGAUGUGCUGCUGUUAAAAUGCUUUUAGAAGGAACUGGCUUUUAGCUGAUUUUUUUCUUUUUUUUUUUGCCUUUGAGUUUUCAAAAGGACACACAGACCAUUGGUUGUAGAUUUUCGUGUAAUUAAAGAGAAACAAAUUCUACAGAACGUCCAGAAGAGCCUUCUACGGAAUCUCUCUUGGUUUCACGAGAACAACAGAAUUGUUUUUAAAUCAGCUGAUGAGAUAACUGGUGCAAUAAAACUGAUGCUUAGACAGAAGAGACUUUUACACUUUUCCAGUUAUAUUAACAUUUUUAAACAAAACAUUUGUGUUUUAAUCUAACCAAAACCAAAGUUCACAUUAAAGAAAAUUUUAAAAAA